CGAGCGAGGGCGCUUUUGGGCGAUCGGGCUCCCCUGGAGAAGGCGGCAGAGCGAUGCGCCCGGCUGGGGCGCUCCCCUGGGGGCUGCUGACGUUUUGGGGGGCCCUCCUCUGCCAGCAGGUGCGCGGCCUUCGCCACGCCGUCUACUGGAACAGCAGCAACCACAGAUUCUUCGACGAAGACUACGGCGUUCAGGUCUCCAUCAACGAUUAUUUGGAUAUCUACUGCCCGCACUAUGACCAGCCCGUGGCCGUUGGAGGGCCAGAGAUCUUCACUCUCCUCAUGGUUGAUAUCGAAGGUUACCGGGGCUGUUACGAAACGAAAGGCGCUUUCAAACGCUGGGAGUGCAACCGCCCGUACGCACCUUACGGGCCUGUCCGCUUCUCGGAGAAAAUCCAGAGGUUCACCCCCUUCUCACUGGGCUUCGAGUUCCAACCGGGACAUGAUUACUACUAUAUUUCUGUCCCUGCCGCGGAGAGUCCCAGCCGCUGCCUGAAACUGCAGGUGUCUGUCUGCUGCAAGGCGACAACCACAGAACCUGUGACGGAGGGUCCCAAAUCGCAACCGCGCGGGAGAGGCGGCUCAGAGGAUGCUGUUGUAGCGCCCGGACGCAGCUCUGCCCUUUCCUGGAGCAGCUGUGCCUGCCUCGUCCUCGUCCUCUUACCCUUCCUGCAGCUCUGACCUCAGGGAGGGAGGGAGGGCAGAGGCUCCUCCAGGCUGGGGCAGGGCGUGCUGGCCAUACGUUCCCGCCGCCCUCCUCCUACCCACUCGCACAAGAUACUGGAUUCCUCACUUGGCACUUUAGGACUUGGAGGUGACGUGCCCGCUGCCGCUCCUCAGCUGGGCCCUGGCUUAGCCUCGGAAACGGACUGAGCUCACGGACGCCAAAUAAACCAAGCCAAAGGGGCGGGACGCCUCCUGCGGACCCUCAGGACUCUCCAGCGCCAUCUCUGUCUGGGACUUGUCAAGGCAACAGGAAAACCUUGACUGGGAGGAGUUUCUCUGUGUCCCAUUCCCACAGGAUGUCAGAUCCACAGCUUCUCACCACCUGCUUCUGAUGGUGUCAGAAAGGGGACCCGGGACUUCCCCCUCCCCCAAACCCUUCCGCAGAUCUGAGUUUGAAGACCGGGGGACCAAGUCUCUUCAAUGGUACGGCAGGGGCUCAGAGAGCUGUCUACCGGGACUUUUUGUAUGCCAAAGAUGGGGAGACACACACACACACACACACACCGCUUCAUAGUCCCCAACCCACCAGACUUGGCUGCUUUAAAGGAGGGGGCAUUGAUUCCCCCCCUCUCUUCCAUAUCUUCCUUGAGCUCUGCCUUCUUUCCACCUCCCCCCCUCCACAAAGAUCUGGACCAUGUCACCCUCCUACAACCCCUCUCCCCCCCCCCCCCCCGGUUCUGUUCUCGACGAGAACAACACUGGCAGUGACAGCCGCUGUUUUUUGUCUUCCGUGAAGAUCUUUUGGUAGCGCCGAUUUCCUCCUGGUUUUCCCAGUUUCUUUUGUUUAAAUAUCUCUUCUUCUUUUUGUCCUAAUUGUCAGUGACUGAGCCGGACGAUAAAACCGUUUCAGAAAGUCCGCCCCCUGCUUUCUCUCCCCGCUUUUGAAACAAAGCACUGGAUGAGGGUUUUUUGGGAGGGGGUGGCUAAGAGGAAGCCAGGGAUGUGCAGGGCAGAGCUGUGUGGCUGAUGGGUACCUUUUGGCGGCGGCUGAAAAUCCGUCACAACUGCUGGGCCCGGAACUCUAGGGCAACAGCGGUCAUAUCAUACCCUUCUAGGUCUCCAUGGGCCCAGAGCAAGAGACCUGCAGAGGGGUCCCUCCCUCCCAGGUGGAUCCUCCGAAUGUUACGCACAUGCGCACCUUGCAACUCCUAUCGUCCCUUCCCAUUGGCUGUGCUUGCAAGGGGUGCCAGGAGCUGCGUCCCCAACCACAUCGAGCGGGCCGCGAGUGGCCUGCCGUUGAGAUGAAGGGAUCCUUCAUGCAAUCCACAAGUCCUGCCAAUGUAUUAAAAAUUCUCUUUCUCCCACAACCCCACUCUUGGUAGCCUAAAGAAAUAAAAUCUAUUACCUAAGCGGGUUUUAUCAGAAAAGCUAGCGG